AUGGCACCUGUCAAUGACUACUAUGUCAUUUAAGAUCUCAUUGAGUUCACAUCAAAUGAAUCUUAAUGCGAAUACUUAAAGUAAAUCACAAAUUUCUUUAAUCAAUUCAAAGGAGAAUUUUUAGCAAAAAUAGACAUCAUCUAAAAAAAUAUGAUCAAUGAAACUUUAAAAUAUCCUACUAACUAACAAAUUAUUGAAAGAUAUUAAGAAAUAUCAAAAAUAAAAUAAUUUAAGUAGAUUCUAAACAAAAACUAAGAAGCAAGUAGUAUAGAAGAAUAUUCAACUCUCUGCAGAGAAUUUGUUUCACAAAUUGAGUCCUAAAAAGAUAAAAAUACUGAAUUAUUGUAGAACCUACUAUGUUAAGCUAAUCAAUUAGAAACAAAUUUCAAUUUAAACCUUCCAAAUUUGAUGAAAUAAUAAAUAUUUGCUUGUAUAGAUAAAAUCUCUUUCUUUAAAAGUGAUUUAUCUUAAGGCAUGAUAAAUCAAAAUAGGGAAAGACAUCUAUAAUCUAAUACUACCAAUUAAAAUAAUAACAGAGGCUAGAAAUUGAGUGCAGAAUUAAUAAUGAAACUUGUUUCAAAUAAAUCUAAUUUUUGCUCUGACUAAUUCCUUUAUGAAUUGGAUUAAAUCCUUUAAGGGCUUAAUCAUCUUCUUUAAGAGUAUAAUUUCAAUAUUAUUCAUACAGAAAAUAAAUAAGCUAUUGAUUUUUCAAAAAUUAGUGAAGAAAAAAUAUAAGUUGAAAAUAUUAAAGAAAAAAACUAAUUCAUGAUAGGUCUAAUGAAGGAAUCAGAUUCUAAUAAAAUUUAAGGAUAUUGUGAUAAUUUAUGCAGCCAAUUUAUAUUUUUAAAUGAAUUUAUAGAAAAAUCAGAUCCUUAAAAUAAUGGCUAUAGUAAUUUAGGCAUAGAUAAAAAAUUAAAAGGAGACAAUUUUAAGUUAAGUAAAGAGAAUGUAAUAGAAUUAAGAGUUUGCUUAAAAGAUUAGAUUUUAGAAGUAGUAGACUAUCCUAAUUAUUAGUAUAAGCUAGGAUUAGAUGAUAAAUAUAAAAAAAAACUUACAGAAAAUGAGGAUUUAAGAUUUUACCUUGGUUUAUGUCAAUAAGAAACUAAAAUAGUUUUAAAAGAAGCAUAAAUAGUGAAUGAAUUUAAAAAUUGA